CCCACUUCUCCUUCUUCUUCUUGGAAGGUUUAGGGUUUAAGCUUAUCCUUAUCCGAUGAUUCUCCACACCACCUUCUCCGCUCCUUCUCUUUUCUCCUGCUGCUCUUCUUAUCGUGCCCUCAGGCUCCAUCCCUUUCUCUCCCCCAAACGACGCCGCUCCGUCACGCCCAGGCUCUUCACAGUUGUCGCCGCCGCCGCCGCCGAGAAUGGCGUCUUUACUUCUCCACAGACUUCCAAGUCCUUCGAUUUUGCUAACGAAGAGAGGAUUUACAGCUGGUGGGAGUCUCAGGGUUAUUUCAGGCCCAACUUCGACCGCGGAACUGAUCCUUUUGUGAUUUCAAUGCCGCCUCCAAAUGUGACCGGCUCGCUGCACAUGGGGCACGCCAUGUUCGUCACUCUUGAGGACAUUAUGGUUAGAUAUCAUCGUAUGAAGGGAAGACCAACACUUUGGGUUCCUGGGACUGAUCAUGCUGGUAUAGCCACACAGUUGGUUGUGGAAAGAAUGCUUGCAUCAGAAGGAAUUAAAAGGGUUGACUUGGGUCGAGAAGAGUUUGUGAAAAGAGUUUGGGAGUGGAAAGAGAAGUAUGGUGGAACGAUCACAAAUCAGAUCAAAAGGCUUGGUGCUUCUUGUGAUUGGAAGAGGGAGCAUUUCACCCUUGAUGAACAGCUAAGUCGAGCUGUUGUUGAAGCCUUUGUUAGACUUCAUGAGAAAGGCUUAAUCUAUCAAGGAUCUUACAUGGUGAAUUGGUCUCCUAGUCUACAAACUGCUGUUUCUGAUUUGGAAGUAGAAUAUCAUGAAGAAUCCGGUAGUCUUUAUUAUAUUAAGUAUCGUGUUGCUGGAGGCUCAAAGACUGACUUUCUGACAAUAGCAACAACUCGCCCGGAGACUUUAUUUGGUGAUGUAGCUAUUGCUGUGCAUCCUGAGGAUGAACGAUAUUCUAAAUACAUCAAUAGAAUGGCUAUAGUGCCUAUGACAUAUGGUCGCCACGUCCCUAUCAUCGCUGACAAGCUGGUUGAGAAAGAGUUUGGCACCGGCGUGUUAAAGAUAAGUCCCGGACAUGAUCAUAAUGAUUACAACCUUGCAAGAAAGCUUGGUCUUCCAAUACUAAAUGUUAUGAACAAGGAUGGCACACUUAACAAAGUUGCAGGACUAUACUGUGGCCUUGAUCGGUUUGAGGCCCGAAAGAAACUUUGGGCGGAUCUGGAGGAGACAGGAUUGGCUGUAAAGAAAGAACCACAUACCUUACGAGUUCCCAGAUCUCAGCGUGGUGGAGAAGUGAUAGAGCCACUAGUAAGCAAGCAGUGGUUUGUAACAAUGGAGCCCUUAGCUGAGAAAGCCCUACAAGCAGUUGAAAAAGGAGAUCUGAAAAUUAUACCUGAAAGAUUUGACAAGAUUUAUAAUCACUGGCUAUCAAAUAUCAAGGAUUGGUGCAUAAGCAGACAACUAUGGUGGGGACACCGCAUACCAGUUUGGUACAUUGUGGGUAAAGAUUGUGAAGAGGAAUAUAUAGUUGCAAGGAGUUUUGAAGAAGCUCUUGGUAAAGCUCAAGAAAAGUAUGGAAGAGAUGCAAAAAUAUAUCAGGAUCCAGACGUUCUUGAUACUUGGUUUUCAAGUGCACUUUGGCCUUUCAGUACUCUUGGGUGGCCGGAUGAGUCAACAGAGGAUUUUAGACGCUUUUAUCCUACAUCAAUGCUGGAAACUGGGCAUGACAUAUUAUUCUUUUGGGUUGCGAGGAUGGUGAUGAUGGGAAUUGAGUUCACUGGGACGGUUCCUUUUUCAUAUAUUUAUCUACAUGGUCUCAUCAGAGAUCCAGAGGGGCGAAAGAUGUCAAAAACCUUGGGGAAUGUAAUAGAUCCUUUAGAUACAAUCAAAGAAUAUGGAACAGAUGCUUUACGAUUUACUCUGGCUCUAGGGACUGCUGGUCAGGACCUUAAUUUGUCCACUGAGAGGCUGACAUCCAAUAAGGCCUUCACUAACAAACUAUGGAAUGCUGGAAAGUUUGUAUUGCAGAAUUUGCCCAGCCAGAAUGAUGCUUCUUGGGAAAGUAUACUAAUGUAUAAGUUUGACAAAGUGGAGCUUCUAGACAUUCUACCUUUACCAGAACGUUGGGUGGUCUCGAAACUUCAUUUGCUUAUCGACUCUGUGACAGCAAGCUAUGACAAAUUUUUCUUUGGAGAUGUAGGAAGAGAGACAUACAACUUUUUUUGGGGUGAUUUUGCCGACUGGUAUAUUGAGGCCAGCAAAGCUCGUCUUUCCCAAUCUGGUAGUGUCUCUGAGGCUUCUGUUGCUCAGGCAGUUCUAUUGUAUGUUUUUGAAAACAUACUUAAAUUGCUACACCCUUUCAUGCCAUUUGUAACUGAGGAACUCUGGCAGGCACUCCCCAAUCGAAAAGAAGCCCUUAUAGCAUCUCCAUGGCCACUGACUUCCCUUCCAAGGCAAAUCAUCUCAAUUAAAAAGUUUGAAAAUUUACAGGCCUUGACUAAAGCCAUUCGGAAUGCACGAGCAGAAUAUUCUGUUGAGCCGGUAAAGCGUAUAUCAGCAUCAAUAGUUGCAAAUGCAGAAGUUACUGAAUACAUAAUGAAAGAAAAGGUGGUUUUAGCUCUCCUAUCCAGGCUAGAUUUGCAAAGCAUCAAUUUUACAGAUUCUCCACCAGUGAAUGCCGAUCAAUCAGUCCACCUUGUUGCUGGUGAAGGACUCGAAGCAUAUCUUCCUCUUGCGGAUAUGGUUGAUAUCACUUCUGAAAUCCAACGGCUUCAUAAGCGACUUUCCAAAAUGCAGACUGAAUAUGAUGGACUCAUAGCUCGGCUCAAUUCUCCUAAAUUCAAAGAGAAAGCUCCUGAGGAUAUUGUUCGUGGAGUUCAAGAAAAAGCAGCAGAAGCCGAAGAGAAGAUUGCUCUCACCAAAAACCGAUUAGCAUUACUUGAAUCGACUGCUCUCGUUACAUAAAAUGAUAAUGCUUAAUUCCAGGCACCAAUUUGGCUGGAUGAUGAUCUCAUUUUCGUAUCAA